UUUUCGCGCGGAAUGCCGGGCGUUAUCGAUCCGUAAAAAACUGAAUAAAGGUUUAAAGUAAUAAAAAUUACAUUGAAAGUAAUAUUUUUGGAAUCAUUCUUACAUAGGACAGUCUUAGUGGUAAACAUUUGGAUAAAAGCUUGUGAGUUAGUGCCAAAAAGUGAAUCUCCAAGUGUAGUGAUUAAGGAAAUUUUUCUUUAAGGAUUUACUUUGAAUUUGUGAAUGACAAGUAAAGGCCCCAGUUUGUAAAUCAACAUCUACAAUGGCCCAAGCAGGUUCUUCCUGUGAUACAGAGGAUAAGAGAUUAAAUUUAAAAAGAAAAAGAAAUUCUACAGAUGAUGAGGUUGAGAACAUGCCCCCCAUGAAACUAUCAUAUAAAGAAGUUGAAGAGCUCUUUGACCAGCCUGCUCAUAAUGUAGUUGUGGAAUCAUCAUCCUGCUCCAGUGAUGAAGAUGGAAGCGCAGACCAGUCCAAUCAUGUCUACACGGACAUAGAUUAUAAUGCAGACAGUUUUCUUAGCCCACCAAGUAUAUCUGACCUACCAAACUGUGUCCUUAGCCCUCUUGAAAAUGUAGCUAGAGGAGACUCUACACCACACUCUAAUAAAAGAUCCAGCAGUAAUAAAAUACUAUGUCCAUCACCUCCAAAACGCAAGUGCCCAUUGCCUGGGUUGUCCUGGGCAGACCCGGCUGAUGUGUGGAAAAAUAUGUGUGAAUGUGAUGCUAGAUCAGCCAUGAAGAAGAAUCCUAAUAUGUUUGACAAUCACCCUAAUCUCCAACCAAGGAUGAGAGCCAUCUUACUGGACUGGCUGAAUGAGGUAUGUGCAGUUUAUAAACUUCACCGAGAAACAUUUCAUCUGACAGUGGAUUAUAUAGAUAGAUAUCUUUCAAACACUGCAGACGUGCAAAAGGGAUGUUUGCAGUUAAUAGGUAUAACCUGUUUAUUUAUAGCAGCCAAAAUAGAAGAAGUUUACCCACCAAAGAUUACAGAGUUCGCAUACGUCACUGAUGGCUCGUGUACCACAGAUGAAAUACUUUUAGAGGAACAACUUGUACUCAAAAUUUUAUCGUGGAGUCUUACACCAAUAACUAUUAAUAGCUGGCUUAAUAUUUACUUACAACUCGCCAGUGAAGGACGCAGCGCGAAAAGAAGACUGAUAGGUGAAAAAGAAGUAGGCGUGAACGCGUUACGGGGCUACACGUUCGUAUUCCCGCAGUAUUCGUCUCUGGAAUUCGUCAUUUGCGGUCAACUGGUCGACCUCGCAGUGUUGCACGUGGACGUAAAUAAGUUCGCGAAUAGUGCGAUCGCGGCUGCGGCCAUCGCGCACGCGUUUUCACGGGACUUGGCUUUGAGGGUGUCAGGCUACAGCUGGGAAGCGCUGGAGAGCUGCCACCGCUGGAUGGCGGCGUUCGCGGCGGGGGUGAGGGCGGAGGGGGCGGAGUGUGUAGUGCGGGGAGGGGACGGAGAGCACGUCCAGAGAGCGGCAGAGCUGUCGCUCAUCUGCCCCGACCUUAACAUGGACGAGAGCCAUCGCAUCCAGGCGCACAACGUCACCUUGGACAUGUUUGACAAAGUGUUUCAACAGCUGCAAGAACAUACAAGUACACAGGACACGUGUUCAUCAUCGCAAGAUCACUUGUACCCUCCGACCCCGCCCCAGUCCGACCACAAGAGCCCCAAAACUCCGGCGGCUAAGACCCCCUCGACGAGGCAUAUUUCCCCCUUACCGGAGAUGAGACUGACUGAAGUGUGACUUAGUGAAGUGUCAAAGUGACUGAGUGAAAAAAGUUUCAAGUAUUUUUCACUAUUUAUUGUUCCUACGUUCCAAAGGGGAACGACAUUAUUGCAAUGUUUUUUAUACUGAACUGCAUCUCUUGAAUUGCUUCAUACAUUUGCUAUUUUAAUUAGAACCAAAUUUAUUAACUAUUAGUUACAUUUCUCAACUCGCUGAUAUAAAAAUGAGCGAAAGAUAGCCAGUGACCGCGUGGUACGGGAAAGCUCGCGUCUUCCGUUAAAAUAAACUUUCGUCGAAUGACAACAUUUCUGACACUUUCAUGAACUUCUAAACCUAUUAGUUGAUUAUAUACUUGUACCUAUUAAAUUUAAUGCGAAGUUAUUAUUUAGUAGACAGAGCUGUCCCAAGUUCACUCACGCGCUUCUUCGAAUAAAACUAAAUUAUUCAAAGAAAAAAAAUUCAGGCAAUAAAAAUACUAACCAUUGGCAAUGUUUAGCUUUUUCUCAAAAUCUCAUUUAUCAUUUAUACUAUCUUUUUGCAUAUCGUAUAACUAGGAUUUGUUUGUGCCGAGUAUUUUCUAAAGCAUUUGGCGAAGCAAUGGAUAUUACUUAAAUAAAUAAAACUUGUAAUUGAAAAAGCAAUAAAUUACCAAAACAGUUUGUUACUACCAACAGAAUUCUUGACGUAGAAAUAGCUAUAUGCUCAUAAUUAUAUAUCAUUUCUGUACAAAUAAACCUAUGUUUACGUAGGCUCGAGUAGGUAUCCUUAGGUAACUAAUGUACAUUUGUAUCUGCAUAAUAUUAUAGAUUAACAACAUCUUAACUGUACAUUUACUAGUAUUGUUUGUAAAUAACUAGAUAAUAAGAAUUAACUAAUUUGUAAAUUAUAUAAGGUAAUUUAAUAGGUUCAUUAUCUAAUUAAUCAUUAAUAUGGGCUAUGAAGGAUAAUUUCACAAAUUAUUCAGUCGUCCUUUUAAAAAUUUAAGAUAUACCGAAUAUACAGGUAACACAAAAUGAACACAUUUCCCGUCUUAAAAUAGCUUAAUGGAACUUGAAAAAAAAAAACGGUAAAAUGUAUAGUGCAAAAACA